CUCCUCCCUCCUUCUGGUCUGUCAGCCCAGUAAAAAAGGUAACUCGUUUCGGAAAGAGAACCCAUUUAGUCGACAAUUUAGUAGAACGCACCAUAGUUUAAAAAUAGUUCGCGCGGAAAGAAGUCCCCAGUACCGGCUCUACUGUGUUACUGGCACCGUUCAAUCACCGAUCAUUAUGGAUAUUCGAAAGCGUCCCAGAGAAGAUUUGCCGAAUACUAGUAGUGAACCCCCGGCGUUGCAGGAUUUCGGGCAGUGGGGUGUCGAGGACGUUUGUAGAUACCUGUGUCAAGAAGGUCAUGGGGAAUGGGAGAAUAAAUUCAGAGAGCAAAAGAUGACAGGAGUGGGAUUACGAUACCUCACAGAGACACUUCUGGAUAAAAUGGGUAUAGUGCCUCUAGGCACCCGGUUGCACAUCCUGCACAGUCUGAGGAAGCUGUGGCAGAUGGCAGCAGAGAACACCAAGGUGUUUAAUGACCCCAUCCAUGGCCAUGUAGAGAUGCAUCCUCUGCUGGUCCGUUUCAUGGACACCCCUCAGUUCCAGAGGCUCCGCCACAUCAAGCAGCUGGGAGGAGCAUAUUUCGUCUUCCCUGGGGCCUCCCACAACCGCUUCGAACACUCCAUAGGGGUGGGCUACCUAGCAGGUCGGCUGGUCCAGGAGUUGAGUGAGAGACAACCAGAGCUCCUCAUCUCCAGUAGAGACAUCCUGUGUGUCCAGAUUGCUGGGCUCUGUCACGACCUGGGUGAGUCUCAAUCUCUCCCUCCUUCCCUCCCUCUUUUCCAAUCUUAUUCUGUUGAAUGUGAUCUCUUUCCAGGUCAUGGUCCUUUCUCCCAUAUGUUUGAUAGCAUGUUCAUCCCCAAAAUGCAUCCAAAGUCCAAGUGGAAGCAUGAGAAUGCGUCACUUGCGAUGUUUGACCAUCUGGUGUCUGUGAAUGCCUUGGAGCCAGUGAUGAAGGAUCAUGGCCUGGUCCUACCUGAUGACCUGGUCUUCAUCAAGGAACAGAUUGCUGGACCACAGAACACUGUCCCUCUCAGACAGGGGUGGCCUUAUGAGGGCCGUCCAGAGGAGAAGUCUUUCCUCUAUGAGAUUGUGGCCAACAAAAUGAGCGGCAUCGAUGUGGACAAGUGGGACUACUUCGCCAGGGACUGCUACCACCUGGGCAUCCCGAAUAACUUUGACUACCAUCGCUUCCUCAAGUUUGCUCGUGUGUGUGAGGUAGAUGGGAAGAAGCAGAUCUGCACCAGAGAAAAGGAAGUGGGUAAUCUGUACGACAUGUUCCACACACGCAACUACCUCCACAGAAAAGCCUACCAGCACAAAGUGGGACACAUAAUAGAGACAAUGAUCACAGAGGCCUUCAUCAAGGCAGAACCCCACAUCCAGAUUCAAGGUUCAGAGGGAAAAAUGUUCACCAUCUCCACAGCAAUAUAUGACAUGGAGGCCUACACUAAACUCACUGACCAUGUGUUUGAGCAGAUCCUGUACUCGUCAUCCUCUGAGCUGGCAGAGGCCAGAAAGAUCCUCCACAACAUCACCUGCAGAAACCUCUACAAGAAUAUGGGACAGACCCAAGCCAAGAAACGUGUGGAGGUCUCACAGGAACAGCUCCAGAAAUGGGCAAGUGAAUUGGCGACGUGCAGGCCUGAGAGCGACCUCCAGGGCGUCACUCUAGAGCCAGGGGACUUUGUAGUCAAUAUCAUCAACAUGGACUGGGGUAUGAAGGAGAAGAACCCCAUCAACAACAUGCGUUUCUACUGUAAGAAUACCCCAACCAAAACCACCCGGAUCAGCAGGGACCAGGUGUCUCAGAUGCUGCCAGAUCAGUUUGCUGAGCAGCUGAUCAGGGUCUACUUUAAGAAGAGAGAUGAGAAGACCGUGGAGGCAGCUAAGAUUAACUAUGUCAAGUGGUGCAUGGACAACAACUUCUCCAAGCCUCAGGACGGAGAUUCGAUUGCACCGGAGCUCACCCCUCUGAAGCGAAGCUGGUUCCACAAUGAUGAUGAGAACGAUGAUGAAGAGGAUAGCCAGGGAGGAAGAAGCAGGGCUGCAGUCAACAUUGGACAACAGAAGGCAAAAGCCAGACUCUUUUAGGAGGAUGAGAAAGAGGAUCUGUCUGUUUACUUCAUAUGGCAGUUGUCACCAAUCCUGGUUCUGGAGAGGUACAGGGUAUGCAAGGUUUUGUUCCAACCCAGCACUAACACACCUGAUUCAGCUAGUCUAGGUUAUAAUGAUUAAUUGAGUAGCUGAAUCAGUCGUGUUGAUGCUGGGUGGGAACAAACUGUUGCAUACCCUGGUGCUCCCUAGGACUAAGGGUUGGGGACCAAAGAUGGUGGAUAAAUGAUGUCUUGCUCAGGCCAUUUACCUUUGAAAAAAAUGGUCAUUGUUCUCGUCUUAAAGGAAAACUCCACCCAAAAUGCUGUCUUCGUAUUUGUCAUUAGUCCAUUGUUGAUACAGCACCAAUUGUUUUGCAUUUCAGCAAUCAAGUUAAAGAUGUCUAACUUUUUAAAAUACAGAAAUACAGCUGGUAUGAUUUAUUUUGCAUCGUAUGAUACAAAACGCAGCAUCAUACCGGUUGUAUUUUGAAAGUUAUGCAGUAUAUCUUGAACUUGAUUGCUGACUUGCAAAACAUUUUGGGAGUAUAUCAACAAUGGUCUAAUGAAACAAAUACCAAAGUAUAGUUUUUGGGUGGACAUCAAUGGGAUAGCAGCUGGGUCUGGUCUGCUUAGUUCAUUGACUCUAUAUGAACCAGAGAAUAUUAGGGAGUUGGAGAUCAGUGUCUAGGAGCAACGUGCAGAAGAAGACCUUUGUCUCAGGGUUCUGUUCACGCUCAGUUCUGUUAGGGAUUAUAUCAUAUAGUCUUUAUUUUAUUCUCUUUUUAUCUCGUUUUAUUUUAAGCAUACGUUAUAGGUUUUUAAGUGCGGUUAUUUUGCCUUAUUUAAUUAUCGGUGUCAUUGGUAUUGUGUGAGUGUGAAUACUUCCUGACUUUCAGAUUCCUGACUUUUCUCUGGCUAUGCAUCUUGAUGUGCCACGAUCAUACAGGCAUCUUUCAGAUAGCCUAGCAGCAACUGUUACAUAUUUAUACAACCUGAUGAAAGUUGUUCUCAAACCCUUUUUGGACAAUCAUGCUUGUUUUACAUUGUAGCUGAGUAUGUAAUUGUUUCAUGGUAUUGUAUCACCAUUGUUUGUCUUUCAGGGCAUUGUCUUUCUUAUAAGCAUGGUUUCUACGAGGUUUUAGUUUAUAUAUAGGCACCCACCAUAGCUAGCCUGGUCGUUGACAUACGUACAGUAUGUUUGGUGAGGUAGGGGUUGACUAAAGCACAUAAAGAUCAGAGAUCUGUCUACUGUAUAUUUGAUUAUUUUCCUAAAAGUGGCCACUUGAACUGACAGAGAUGGGUCACAGUGUGCAGUGCAGUGUGGGUAGUGUAGUCAGUUAUACAUACACAAUGCAUGCGGUGUGUGUGAUUCAGACCUGAAACUUUUUUGGUUUUGAUUUGGAAUGUUUCUGAUUAGUGUUGUGUUUCUGUAAGUGCUGCGGUAUCACAUUGUGUUUUCAUCCAUGUUACCUUUGAGUCUGGCUAUGUUAUCUUCAUUUAAACAAUAUAAACACAAUGUUUACCAUACAGUUUACCAUACAGUCUGUAUCAAGAUGAGUCCACAGCUGUUGGUCAUUGAUGGUAUGUUUGUUGAUUUAAUUAUGUGCUUUGUUUUUAAAAAAUAUAUAAUGAAAGACAAAUCGUAGAGGCAGUCAACGUUUCAGGGAUUUUAUGAUACAGAGUACAACUGUCAAAAGCUGUGAAAUACAACUUUUCUCUGCCUGGC